GUAGUGCCGCUGCCGCUUCCCGCUGCGGGGCCGCGCCAGGGCCGGGCGGCGGCGGCGGCGGCGGCGGCGGAGCCCCGCGGGCGCUGCGCGGGGUCCGGAGCGGUCCCGGCGGCGGCGGUCGGUCCCGGCGGGGCGGGGAGGGCGGCGGAGCGCCGCGGGCGGCGGGGAGAGGGGAGCGGGGCCGGGCCCCACGGCGGCGGCGGCGGCGGCGGCGGUAGGAGCGGCGGAGGGACGAGAUCCGCCCCGGGACGGCGCCCCCGCCGCUGUGAAGCCGACGGCAGCGCCAUGAGGGAGAACUUCGACGCCCUGCUGGCCCUGGGCGUUCCCAUCGCCAAACCGGAGCCGGUGCCGCAGGCGGAGGAGUCGUGUGCCGGGGCGCAGCUGGAGGACGGCGAGGCGCCGGGCUGCGCCGGCUCGGGUGGGUGCCGGGCCGUGGGCGAGCGGCCGUCCCGCGCCGGGGUCUGCGCGGGGCCGGGGCGGCGCACGGCACUCGGCCUUACCGCGUAUCCCCCAGCGAGGCUGCUGGUGCCCAAGGAGGAGGUGCUGCCGGAGGGCGAUGCCGAUGGCGGCGGCGCCACGGGUGCCGCGCAGGGGCCGGAGCUCGGCUGCUCAGAGGACUGGCUGGUACGGAAGGUGAAGGUGGAGGACGAGGAUGAGGAGUGGGCGGCCGGGCUGGGCGCUGAGGCCCUGCUGGCGGGGCAGCCCCCGGGCAGCGCCUGCAAGCCGGAGCCGACGGAGGAGCCGGAGCUGCCGGGGGAGCCGGGGGAGCUGGGCUACGGCACGCUGCCCGCCUUCGCGUGGCCGCUGCUGGGCGAGGGCCCGGCCGGCGCCUGCCAACACUGCUGCUGCGCGGCGCAGUGCGGGCAGUGCGUCCCCCCGGCCCCGGCCCCGCCGCGGCCCUUCGCCUGCGCGCAGUGCGGGAAGGGCUUCGGCAAGAAGGCGCACCUGACGCGGCACCUGCGGGUGCACACCGGCGAGCGGCCGUACCCCUGCGCACAGUGCGGCCGCCGCUUCCGGCAGAAGAUCCACCUGCGCUCGCACCAGAAGACGCACACGGGCGAGCGGCCGUUCCCCUGCUCCGAGUGCGGGCGGCGCUUCCGCAAGAAGACGCACCUGGUGCGGCACCUGCGCACCCACACGGGCGAGCGGCCCUUCGCCUGCGCGCUCUGCGGCCGCGGCUUCGCCCACAAGCAGCACCUGCUGCGGCACCAACGCCUGCACGCCGAGCCGCCCGCCGACGCCGAGCCGCCCGCCGACGAGAAGCCCUUCCCCUGCCCCGAGUGCGGGAAGAGCUUCAGCUGGAAGAAGAACCUGACGUCGCACCGCCGGCUGCACCUGGAGGGGCGGCCCUUCGCCUGCGCCGAGUGCGGCCGCGGCUUCAGCGACAAGCGGCACCUGACGGCGCACCUGCGCGGGCACAUGGGGCUGAAGCCGUACGCCUGCCCGCACUGCGACAAGACCUUCAGCCACAAGCCCAACCUGGCCACGCACCAGCGCACGCACACGGGCGAGCGGCCCUUCGCCUGCCCCGACUGCGGCCGCGGCUUCGCCCACAACCAGCACCUGCUGCGGCACCUGCGCGUGCACACGGGCGAGCGGCCCUUCGCCUGCCCGCAGUGCGGGCGCUGCUUCAGCUCCCGGCCCAACCUGAUCGCCCACACCAAGGCGCACGCCGGCGCGCGCCCCUUCACCUGCGAGCAGUGCGGCCGCGGCUUCAGCCGCAAGUCCCACCUGGCGCGGCACCAGGCGGUGCACACCGGCACGCGGCCCUACGGCUGCUCCCAGUGCGCCAAGCGCUUCAGCUCCAAGACCAACCUGGUGCGGCACCAGGCCGUGCACACCGGCCACCGGCCCUACAUCUGCACCCAGUGCGGCAAGAGCUUCAGCCGCAAAACCCACCUGCUGCGCCACGAGCGCACCCACAGCACCGCGCCCGCGCCGCGGCAGGGCUGGGUGGCACCGGCGCCGGCCCCCGCCACGCUGUGCCCCUGAGCGCCGUCGGUGCCGCGCUCGGCAUCCUGCACCGGCACCGCGGGUGGGCGAAGGAUGCGGCGGCUCCGGCGUGGGAUGGGGCUGUUGGUGCUGCCCCCCGCUGUGGACCCCAGCAGCUGUGUUGCAUCGUGGCAUGGCGGGGACGGAGCCGAUGUGCCCCUGUGGCACAGUGGAAGGUGGCAGCUCCCACCGGGCACUGCGAUGCUCUCGGCCACCUUUUCCAUGCGUGCUGGGUCUGGGCCCGGUGCCCCUCUGCAGGGUGCAGCUCGGUGGCUCCGGCACCCUGACUGCGGCACUGCUGGUGGCUCCUGUGGGCUCACACUCUGCUCCCACCCUGCUCAGGCGCGGCCGGCUCCACUGCGGCAGGAAGAAGUCCUAAAUGCCAAUAAAAUGCCCUUUGCCAAGUU